UAACCUAACCCUAGCUUACUACUGGUCAACAACCUCUUCACCACCAUUUGACAUAGUGAGAAUGACCCCUGACCCUGACCCUAAACACUACUCUAACCUAACCUUAACCCUAACCCUAGCUUACUACUCUACUGUCAUUAUCUAUGACUGUUGGUUAUGACUGAGAUAAUGCAGAGGUCAUCUGUCAUUAUCUAUGACUGUUGGUUAUGACUGAGAUAAUGCAGAGGUCAUCUGUCAUUAUCUAUGACUGUUGUUAUGACUGAGAUAAUGCAGAGGUCAUCUGUCAUUAUCUAUGACUGUUGUUUAUGACUGAGAUAAUGCAGAGGUCAUCUGUCAUUAUCUAUGACUGUUGGUUAUGACUGAGAUAAUGCAGAGGUCAUCUGUCAUUAUCUAUGACUGUUGGUUAUGACUGAGAUAAUGCAGAGGUCAUCUGUCUCUACAGUGUGCUCCAUGGACCUGGUAUCUGUCCCUGGAUUUCCAGUUCUAUGCAACAACCCCUGCUCAUCUACCUCUAUAGGCUGAACAAAGGAGUUCUGGUUGGUGUGGCUUCAGCUCUGCUGUUUCUGUCCAGUCUGACUAGCGCUGUUCUCACUGCCCUACUGCACCUCCCAGUUCACCAGCCUACCACACUAAAAUAUGAAAACUACUUCCAGUAUUACUACAAUAAACCCUACACCAGAUACGGGCCCUACCUGAUCGGGAUCCUGGCAGGGAUAAGCAUGACAACUAAGAAAGGCCACCUUUUAAAACAUCAGUGGCAGGCUGCAGUAGGUUGGUUCUGCUGCCUGUCAGUCAUGGCGAUAUUGGUAGGAUUGGCCUAUGUCCUCCGGGAUGUCCCACCCCAGCCGUCCGCGCCUCACGCCCUCUACCAGGGGAUCCAUCGCUCCCUCUGGGCCCUGGCCGUGGCCUGGAUCAUACUGGCCUGUGAGGAGGGAUAUGGAGGAUUUGUUGAUAACCUCCUGUCACUAAAUCUGUGGGUUCCUCUGUCCAACAUCAGCUUUGCCUGCUACCUGAUCCAUCCUGUUCUUAUUAUACUAUACAACGGCAAACAGGAGACUCCUAUACACUACACAGACAUGAACUUUUUCUAUCUGUCCUGGGUCACAUGAUUCUGACGGUGGUGAUUGGCUAUGUGCUGACCGUGUUGGUGGAGAAGCCCUACCUCUUCCUCAGGGGCAGUAAGACUUAA